CUAUUAAAUAACAUUUUUAUCGUUCGGCCUACAAUAAAAUGAAUGGAAAAAUUAUUUUACUGCGGCUAUGGUUUUUUAUUUAACCCAUUAUGAUGUACUCAGUUGAGGGGCCAUUAUCAGCGCUCUUGGUCAUUCUUUUACCAGCCUUUGUAUUGGUCAGUGGUUGGGAAGACUACGAUGAUAUACAUUACACAAAUUCAUGGGCGGUACACAUUGAAGAUGGAGACCCAGAAGUCGCGAACAGAAUCGCCAAACGACAUGGAUUCGUUAAUUUAGGACAGGUUGGUAGCUUGCCUGGAUACUAUCACUUUGUCCACAAGGCAACCACAGGGAGGCGAAAAAGAAGGGAAGUUGAUAAAUCAGAACUUCUUCUCACUGAAAAAGAGGUAAAAUGGGUAGAACAACAACAGGUGCUUGAAAGAGACAAAAGAUCAAUUAUUCCAGAUUUUGUUGGUAUCGAGCGCCCAAAAGCAGUGAUAAUACAAGAUCCUUUAUAUAAGGAUCAAUGGUAUUUGAACAAUAUAGGGCAAUCAUCUGGGCCACCAAAUUUGGAUAUCAAUGUGCUGCCUGUUUGGUCAAAGGGUGUCACUGGAAAAGGAGUAGUUGUUGCUAUUCUUGAUGAUGGUGUUGAUUAUACACAUCCUGAUUUGGUGAAAAAUUUUGAUUCAAAAGCAAGUUAUGAUUUCAAUGAUUAUGACAAUGACCCAAUGCCAAGAAUAUCUGAUCCUAACAAUUGUCAUGGAACCAAAUGCGCAGGGCAAGUGGCAGCAGAAUCAGGCAAUGGAAUUUGCGGGGUUGGAGUUGCAUUCAAUGCAAGUAUCGGAGGUAUUCGUAUGUUGGAUGGCAACACAACUGAUACGAUCGAGGGUAGUUCUCUCAGCUACCGCAACAAUUACAUCCACAUCUACAGCUGCGCAUGGGGCCCAAAGGAUGAUGGGAAGCGAUUUGGACGGCCUGGAACUCUAGCAAGCAAAGCAUUGCAACUAGGGACUAAAGAGGGACGUGGAGGACUGGGCUCAAUCUUUGUCUGGGCGACUGGAAAUGGUGGCCUAACUGAUGACGAUUGCAAUUGUGAUGGCUACACAACCAGUAUCUAUACCGUUUCGAUUGGAGCCAUUAGUGAUCAUGGUUUAUCGACGUACUACACAGAGAGUUGUGCAUCAACCUUGGCUGUCACCUACAGUGGCGGGUCCCAUAGGGAAAAAAGAGAGAACAAAAUUAUCACAACAACACUGAAUCAUAAAUGCACUGAUCAGUUCAAAGGAACGUCUUCAGCUGCACCUUUGGCUGCUGGAAUGAUCGCCUUAAUGUUGGAAGCGAAUUCAAAACUGACAUGGCGUGAUGUUCAAUCCAUAAUUGUUGAGACAGCGCUCAUGACGAGUCCGUUAGAUGAAGGCUGGCGAAGAAACGGAGCUGGAAAGUGGUUCAACCAAAAGUUUGGCUUUGGUAGAAUGGAUGCAUCACAGCUUGUCACCAAAGCAAAGAACUGGGAUAAUAUCCCAGAACAGAGAAAAUGCUGGGGAAACAAAAAUGACGGACCUUGGAAAAUCCCGGAGUCCGGGACGGUGCUUGUUGCCACAAACGCAUCCGCGUGCUCUGACACGGCAUUAGAAAUCCGAAGCCUGGAACAUGUUCAGUUGGUGAUAUCCCUGAAACAUCGUUACCGAGGACAUUUGAGCAUCGAGCUGAUCUCGCCAUCAGGAACACGAAGUCAGAUAUUGAAGACUAGACGGAAUGAUCAUUCCAAUAAAGGGCUCAAGGACUGGAUUUUCAUGAGUGUCCAUUUCUGGGGAGAAGAUCCACGUGGCACAUGGACGCUGGCCGUCACUGACAACAACAACAAUAACAAGAAACAUUAUAGGUCAAAAGUUAAACACGGUGACGUAGAAGAUGCAACCGAAGCUCUUCAAGAUGAACUAAUAGGCAGGCCUCGUCCUCAAGAAGAGGAUGUUGAAAGCUCUUCGCAGGAACACGAAGGUGUGUUAGAAAAAUCAGAAAACAAGGAGACAUCAAAGAUUUCAGAAGACUUUGAAGGUGGCAUUUUUGAUAAGGAGUCAUACAGAAGCUCUAGAAAACACAAUAAAAAGAAGAAGAAACAGAAAAAGAAACAGAAGAAGAAAGGAAAGAAACACAAAAAGGAGAAGAAUAAGAAACAUCACAGACAUUAUCAUUCACACAAGAAGAGCAAGCCGACAGGAAAGAUAAGAGAAUUCACUGCAGAACCAACAUUUUUUGGAAAGACAUUUGGUGCAUUGACUAAAAAUAGGCAAGGCCAAAACCAGUAUCACAUUACACCGACGCAGCCGAGAAAUGGACAAGGACCGAACUUAAUGCCUCAGAUGAGCCAAAAUAUGAAUUCUAAUCGAAACGAUUCGAAUUCAAUUGGACAAAAUGGUCAGGCAAACCAAGUACCUGGAAGUCUGGUCGAGUCAAAUGCUCGUUACCAGUCCCUCAAUGGUGCUCAAGAACCCGCGUCACAAAGCUCUAUCAUGGAAGUCAACCCAGACCAAACUCUAAAGCCAACAACCCGUCAUAGGUUUGAAAGUACCACAACUGCAAGCUCCCAACAUGACGUCGUUCAAGGUCUGGUAAAAAGUGUGUUAUCAGAAUUAUUUACCGCGUUACGUGCGCAGAGAAAUGAAUCUCAGGGAAACAUGUUAGGCCUAGUUGGAAGCGAGCUCCCAGCCAAGGUUUCUGAGCAAGAACCAGCGGAAAACGUCAGUUCUUCUUUGAGUAAAGCAUGGAAUAACGAAAAGGGCGUCAAAAAGAUAAGUGCUUUGAUUGCUAUUUUAGACAAACUGAAAACUUCUCCAUUAAAGAGAAAUGCGUCGGAUAUUGACAGUAACAGCACGGGUGCAGAUGAGAUGGUCAGUGACGUGUUAAAGGUUUUGAGAGAUAUUCUGUCAGCCAGCAAGACAAACGACAAAGGAAAAGAGUUCAAAAUGCGCGUGGCGAAACUGGUCAAUGAUAGCUCAAUCGAGACACGAAACCUAACACAACGUCUUUUUGAUGAUCUGCAAGAUGCACGAAAAGCUAAUAGCACACCGAUGGUGAUCAAUGACGCCAUGUCGCUGAUUUCAGCAAUAUUUGAGGAUGAUUCACAGAAGAAGAAAAUAGCUAGUUUGCCUGAAACAAUAGGGGCAGUUCCUUUGGAUCAAAUUGGGAUUAUCGUGAGACGACCGGAUGGAAGUUUAAUAAUACCGAACACGGUUGGUGCUGGCAUCCAAAUCCAGUCGAAUCCGGAAACAAUGCUGCGGACAUGGAGCAAUGGUAGCCAAAUUGAAACAGUCCGAAUCGAGCACACGAAGGUGAGCCCGGUAAAUUUUGCUAACGUUGAAUCGAAAGCCAAAGACGCAGACAAGAAUCAGGAUAUCGAUGCAAACUUGAUAAGUAAAGCUAAUGGCUCUGAAAAGCUUGUAAAGGAAAAAAGCAAGGAAAAGGAUGGGGACAAUGAUAUUGAAAUUGAAGUGGAAAGGUCAGGUGAUGGAAAGGAGAAGGAAUUUGACAGCCGGAAUAAGAAUGAUGUCAGGCCAGGAGGAAAUGGCCAACAGAACUUAGAAAAAUCAGAUGUCGCUGACACUGGGUCUAUUCUGAAUAUGAGAACCAUAGGAAGUGGUGUUAGCAGUCAAAGAAUGACUGGAGUGAAAUACCGCAAUUUUGGACCUAUUGGCAGUACGUUUCUAGAAAACACAAAAGGAAAGGAUGUUAGUAGCGUGCUUGGAAUGGAUAAAAAGGAAGAGCCAGUAUUGGAUGUUAAAAACGAGAGACAUAGGCAUGGUCAGGAAAAGCCAGAUUCAGAAAGCAAUAAUGGAGAUGAUCAAAUUGACGUCACUGUCUUUUUUGAUAACAACAGUGACAACGAUUUUACAUCUGAGGUUAAAAAAAUUGAAGCUGAUGACUCUAGCAGAAAGCACGCGACCCCUUCUUCAAAACAGAGAGGUCAAGCAGCGAUCGAACGGAGCCCUGGUGCAAAAUAUGGAAACAUGAAGCAUUUAGGAAAUAUGGGUCAAAAUUUUCCAUUUCAAAUGGAAGAAGAUGACGACGAAAGUGAAGCUGGGAGAUUCAGGCAAUCGAAUGAUGAAGGUAAUGCCCGGUCAAAAGGUGAGAUACCAGAGAAUGAAGAUGAUGAAAAUGAAGAUGAAACAGAGUCAUCAACAAACGGAGUAGAGGAUAUGCGCGACACGUUGCCAUUCUUUACAGUACCUGUCGCGGAUCAGCAUGGAUACAGUCUUCUGACGCAAGUGUUUGACCCCUUCCAAGAUAGCAGUUAUACACCAGACUUUGAUAUCGUGAAUGCCGAAGUUCAAGCACCACUUGUUGAGGAAGAUAAUGAUUAUUUUGAGCCUCAGGCAUAUAAACAUGAAUGGAGAAGGUCCCUACCGGACUCCUUUCCUUCAACUGCUAAGAGUAUGGUUCCCAAUUCACACGCUGGCUUUCCACAUGUUAAGGAUUCAAAUUUGAAACUCCUCCGAAGCAGAAGAGCCGUUUCCAAUCAAAAGCCUGCUUCAUCGGUAAGAGUAAAAUCAAAGCCUGCAACAGAUAUUGCUUCUGCAAGGAAAAGGUUUGCCGAAAUUGUACGUCGUGUUCAUGAGAAUUCUGCUGGGCCGAGCUUGUUAGGGCUUGACCGAGCACCUGUUUCGAAAAGGUUUGUUGAUAAGCCAAUGUUACAAACAGAUUUUGCACAGAGACCGUUCCGAAAUCGGCAGAGACGCGCUGUAAAUAGCGCUCAGCAAUCGAUCUUGAAGCAACAACAGAAGAGCAGCCCCGAUGUCCUCAGGGAGCCAAAAGUAUAUCAUAAACGAAGGCGGCGAUCGGUUGAUACAGGUGGAUCGGAGUCGCACUCACAGCCAAAGGACAGUGCUACAGCUGCUGCUGAUUCAUCAGAUAGAGUUGUGUAUCGUCAGAAACGCGAUAAGAUCAUCGAUGACUACGAUGGAAAUGGAGACGAUGGCGAUUACGAAAACGAGCCGCAUGUGGUUAAACGUUCUGCCAUUUUUGAUGACUUAGACUCGCUUCAAGAACCAGAGAAUGAGUAUAAGGAGAUGAGAUCUAGAAGAGAGGCCGAAGAUGACGAGUCAAACGACGAGGAUCAGCCUCCUUCUCGUAAGCAAAAGGUCUCCUCCCUGGAAGAUACUUUGCGCACAAAGCUUCUGUCAAUGAAGACGCAGAGCAAGGCAGUUUUGAAACUUUUGAAGAGAGUGCACGAAGACAUAUCGAGCGGUAAUACGGAAGACUUGUUCAAGCUUGAAGCAGAUAUUGCGAAUGUUGAGAAGCGCGACAAGGAGAAGCAAGAAUCUAGUUCUGACGACGAAGAAGACGAAAAGAAGCACCAAAAAGCUAAGAAAAAUAAGAAGAAAGGAAAGCGUGUGGAUCAUAAAAAAACUAGCCAGGAUAAACUGAAAGCCAAGUCUGUUACACCGAAUGUUAGGCCUGGUUCACAAAGCAGGCCGGUUUCAAUCAAUUAUAAAACAGAGGACAGCGUUGAAGCCCAAGAAAAACUAGCUUAUAAACAAAACCCUGAUGAAUAUCUAAAAUACGGAGCCGGUAAUACGGGGGCAUUAGAAUCAUGGACACUUGUGUUUUACGGUACGUAAGUCGAUGUCAAUUGACUAGAAGCUUAACUAUUAAUUUUAGCGUUUCUCUUGUAAUAUAUUGAUAACCCCAGGCCUUGCAAUGAUUGACUUUCGAGUGUGUACGUCGCGGAAGGAUUGCUCCAACGCAGAAGCUAUAUUGAUUAUGAUACACUCAAAUAUCUUCAGCACAUUUCGCCCUAAAUAACCUAAUUAUUCAUAAAUGUGUAUUUGUAAAAUCUUAUUUUGAUUGGUUCAUAUAUCUUAUGAUAUUGCCAGAUCCUACAAAGGUGAUAAUUCUUUUUCGCCCUAGCCAAAGCUUCCGGAAACUUUCUAAUAGAUUUCCCCAAAUUUCCCUCGUUCAUUUGAGUUUGCGCUUGCAAUACCGUAAAAAUCCUUCAAAUACUUUUCAUAGAAUAUAUGAGAUUUUUGUAUUGUCAGACUGGUAUCAGUACUGUACUUGAAGUAAAAUUUUCUCAUCCCUUUCAAGAUGCAAGUUUCUUUUUAUUAUCUUAUCGAUUUUUGUGCUUAUGCUGAACUGGAGACUUUAGAAGCAUUUCUAGAGUCGUGAAAGUUACAAUGUGCUUCAAAAUUUGUUAUAAGGUGGGUCUUGGUACAACCCAAGGGUUUUUCAAGGUACUAUUGGUGUAAUUUGAGCCUAGUCCUCGUCGGGAUAUAUAUUUUGUUGGGUUAGUAGACAGGCUGAUGCGUUCUUAAUAGUUUGCCCCUCCAAGAGUCUUAUCUUGUUUUAGGUAGCUUAUCGAUACCUUAUAUGCAUAUUACAGCUUUCUCAAAUCAUGGCAUUGAAGUUGCAUUUCCCAAUAUAACACUAUGUGUUGAUUAUCGAAGAGAGUACAAUCGGCCCCUCCCCACAACCCUCAUUCUGCAGUUUCCGAGGGCUCUUGCCUGGCCUUUUUGCAUUUUAUUACAAAAGAAUCAAGGCUCGAAUUACAUAAGAUUGUAACUAAGCUGAUCUGGAUUCAUUUAAAUCCGACCUGCGUUUCCUUACAGGAUCAUAUCGCAUUAUGAUUCAAGUUAUUGUACUGUCCAAAUGAAAUCUUUGAUUUCUUUUUUUAAUUUACUCUUUGUUGAUGAUAAUCUACUCAAUAAUGUAUGAAAUGCAUUAAUUUAGAAGACAUUAGCAGUACAAUAAUUUACAACUAAUAAAGGUAAGAAUUUUAUGAAAUAG